CUGGAGGAGCCAAUCAGCGGCACCGGGUCCCGGGCUCUGAAGUCCACACCAGAACCGCCAGGACGCAGCUGCUCCACCGACCCUAAAGGUCUGGGCUAUGGUGCCCGGAACCCUAGCCCUGCUGCUGUCGGGGGCCCUGGCCGUGACCCUGACCCGGGCGGGCUCCCACUCCCUGAGGUAUUUCUACACCUCCGUGUCCCGGCCCGGCCGCGGGGACCCCCGCUUCAUCGCCGUCGGCUACGUGGACGACACGCAGUUCGUGCGGUUCGACAGCGACGCGGCCACUGGGAGGAUGGAGCCGCGGGCGCCGUGGGUGGAGCAGGAGGGGCCGGAGUAUUGGGACCCGCAGACGCGGACCAUCAAGGAGACCGCACGGACUUUCCGAGUGGACCUGGACACCCUGCGCGGCUACUACAACCAGAGCGAGGCCGGGUCUCACACCUUCCAGUGGAUGUUUGGCUGUGACCUGGGGCCCGGCGGGCGCCUCCUCCGCGGGUACAGUCAGGACGCCUACGACGGCGCCGAUUACAUCGCCCUGAACGAGGACCUGCGCUCCUGGACCGCGGCGGACGCGGCGGCGCAGAUCACCCGGCGCAAGAGGGAGGCGGCAGGUGAUGCAGGGCACCUGAGGAACUACCUGGAGACGACGUGCGUGGAGUGGCUGCGGAGGUACCUGGAGAUGGGGAAGGAGACGCUGCUGCGCGCAGAACCCCCCAGCACACGUGUGACCCGCCACCCCGUCUCUGACCAUGAGGUCACCCUGAGGUGCUGGGCGCUGGGCUUCUACCCUGCGGAGAUCACCCUGACCUGGCAGCGGGAUGGGGAGGACCAGACCCAGGACACAGAGGUUGUGGACACAAGGCCUGCAGGAGAUGGGACCUUCCAGAAGUGGGCGGCCGUGGUGGUGCCCUCUGGACAGGAGCAGAGAUACACGUGCCACGUGCAGCAUGAGGGGCUGGCGGAGCCUGUCACGCGGAGAUGGGAGCCUUCCCCUCUGUCCACCAUUGUCAUCGUCAGCAUUGCUGCUCUGGUUCUCCUCGUGGUCGCUGGGGUGAUUGGAGCUGUGAUCUGGAGGAAGCAGUGCUCAGGAGGAAAAGGACCAGGCUACUCUCAUGCUGCACGCGAUGACAGUGCCCAGGGCUCUGAUGUGUCUCUGACAGCUCCUAGAGUGUGAGACCAGCUGCCCUGUGGGGACUGAGCGAUGCAAGAUGUGUUCACAUCUCACGUGAUGACAUCAACAACCCUGGCUUGUCUCUGCAAACAGUGCCUGUGUCCCUAGGAGCAUAAUGUGAGGAGGUGGGGAGAUUGGCCCACCCUGCCCACCAUGACCUGUCCCUAAUCUGAUGUGCGCUCUCUUCUCUGAUGUGCUUUCCUGUCCAGCAGAGGGAGGGCUGGACCAUCUCCAUCCCUGUCUUUGUUUCAUGUUGGGCUGAGUGUAGUGCCUUACUUUUCUAUUCAAAAUGAGAAUCCAGGGUAGCCCUGGUUGCUCUGUGGUUUAGCGCCACCUUGAGCCCAGGGCCUGAUCCUGGGGACCCGGAUGGAGUCCCAUAUCUGGCUCCCUGCAUGGAACCUGCUUCUCCCUCUGCCUGUCUCUCAUGAAUAAAUAAAUAAAAUCUUAAAAAAAAAACAAAAUGAGAAUCCAGAUAUAUUUUCUAAUUCAUGGCACGUGAGGCUGAUGAAGUAAUAAAAGUGAAAUUUGUAAGGUUGAGACAGAAAUGAAUGGAUAUUGAAUGCACCAUCCUAAAGGAAAUGGUAGCUAGGUGACAUGAUGCACGUGUUAGCUAAUGCUAUGGUUGAAAUCAUUUUGUAGUAUAGAAAUGUAUCACAUUAACAGGUUGUGCCUGUAAACUUACACAAAAGUGUACAUCCGUUACAUUUUUUUUUCCGUUACAUUUUAAUAAAGCUAAAAAAUGUCUGAAACUUUGUCUUAAACUA